GUACAUGCUCAGGGAAACCGAAACCACUAUCUCCACAAGGCAGUUAAUGAGGAGAAACUGAAGCGGCCGCUCUCACACAUGCAGGCGUGGGAGAUCGCCCAUACGCGGAAGGACCCCAAGCCUGGCGAGCCCAAGUACUACGGCAAGAAGACCGCAGGGAGGAAGAAGGCCUACUCCGAAGCGUAUCUGGAGUUACAUCCUGACACACCUGACCCCAUUGCGGCGCCUCUGGACGACAUGGCGGUGGUGAGGAUGGGGCCCAAGGAGCACGGUCGGGAGGCGGUUCUCGAUGCUGUGAUCACUCCUAGUAUCUCCUACACACAGCUUCGUCGGAUCGACCCGAGCCUGAGCCAGCGCACGAGCCAGCCAGUGACGAGUGCACAGUCCCUCUUUCAAGAGCAACAAUCUGUAAGUAUUUUCCCUCUUAUCUUCAUUUCUCACUUCAUUUUCCGCAUUUAG